AUGGCUGUUUCCCAUCGAGUUAAUGAAGAGGUGGUAGUCGCGUCGACACUGAACAGAUGGCGGAGAGGUGGAAAGGAGGAUCGAGUUCGCGUAGCGGACGGUAGAUGGCAGCAGCACGGCCGCGGCGCGGACGGAGUCGCCGGCAGCGUGGCGGCGAGCGGCCGGCAGUCAGUAGUGUACGAGCGGCCCGCGAUGGAGGAGGAGCUGCGGUGCCCCGCGUGCAAGCAGCUCUUCUGCAACCCGGUGCUGCUGCCGUGCUACCACGCGCUGUGCCUCAACUGCGCCGUGCACCUGCAGCAGCCGGCGUCUCUGGGGGGAGGGGGCGUCGCCGCCGGCGGGGUCGCGGCCGCGGGGCCCGUCGUCGCGGUCGGACAGGCGCCGCCGUCGUCGUCCGCGUCGACGGCGUCCUCGUCGGGAGGCACGGCGGCGGGCGACGAGGCGGGGGCGGCGGCCGGAUGCGACUACCAGGAGGUGGACAAGCUGUCCAUCCUGAGCGAGACGGACAGCGGCGUCGUGUGCACCAGCCGGCCCAACAGCUACGUGGGCACGCCCAACCUGCUGUCGGCGGGCGGCGCGCCGUGCGUGCUGACGCUGUCGUGCCCGGCGCCGGCGUGCCGCAAGCCCGUCUACUUCGACGAGGGCGGCGCGCACAACCUGCCCAAGUACCGCGCCAUGCAGGCCAUCGUGGACAAGGUGCUGGAGACGCGGCACGUGGCGGCGCGCUGCCAGCUGUGCGAGACGGAGCCGGCGGCGCCCGCGGCCGUCCUGUGCGAGCAGUGCGAGGUGCUGUACUGCGAGCAGUGCCGCGACGCCUGCCACCCGGCGCGCGGCCCGCUCGCGCGACACACGCUGCUCGAGCCGGCCGCCGGCCGCGCCGCCCUCAGGGCCCGCCACCGCGCGCGCGACGCGCUCUGCGCGCACCACGACGACGAGCCGCUCUCGCUCUACUGCCUCGUCUGCAAGGCCGCCGUCUGCGCCUCCUGCGUGCACGACUCGCGACACGCCAGCCACGACGUCCAGCCCAUCAACACCAUGUGCAAGGCCCAAAAGCGCGACUGCGUCUGUACGUUGCGGCUGAGGCGGCUGCAGCAGCAGCAGCAGCAGCGGGUCGCUCCGGAGGCGGUGACCCGGUGGAGAGUACUCGCAGAUCCCCUGCUGCUUAGGCGGGAUCGCAGACACCACUCGGGGCACAAUGCGGCCGGGGCCGCGCAGGUGAUUACCGUUUUAUGGGACCGCCCCUUUGUUUCGGCCGCCUUUGUUCUUCCGGCCCGGGGCACGGACCUCCGAGCUAUGCCUACCCAGAAGGGUGACUGCGGGCGCGGGGAGCUCCUGCAGGGGCCGCGGCCCUGGAUUCUGCAGUCCGGUCGUUCAGCAGAACUUCUCUAG